UUUUCCCCGCGCUCAUUAGUUGAGAGUUUUGUUUGUUGUGCACAGAUGUGAGUGUGUGGCUCUUAAUUUCCCGCCCAAAUAACAUUGUCCGAUAUCUUAAGGUCUUCUAGACUUUUCUUUAUGUAAGAACAGUCGUGCUUGGUGAUACAGAGACACGUAUCGUGCUGUUUAGGUUGUAAUCAAUCUGCGAUCGUUUAUUUCACUGGAAUGAUUUAAUAAGCUGAAUCUAAAGAAAUACCCCUCUGCAGGCUUUGAGGAAACCCCAUUUAGUGGGAUCAUGCCUCGCCGACUGGAAAUCCGAACAACCAUUCUGGAAAAGAAAUCAGAUAUUAGAACAAGAGGGAAAGAUGCAAAUUCUAAUGAUUUGUAUGCAGAUGAAGCUCUUCAGCUCCUGGAAGAGAUUCAGCAACUUAAAUCAAAUAUUCAAAAGACAGAUGAAAGGAUCCUUGGCACCUAUGUGAAAUCACCAUCAAAAAGGAAAAAGAAGUCAGACGUUCCUGCCAGAAAAGUUGCCUAUGAUGUCCUCUACCCAGCUAUCGACACGGCGAGUUCGAGAGUUGAAGAAGAGGGUCGUCGUCGAGUCGUUCGUGACACGAUCGUUUCGCAUUGUUUAAACGCGGGCGGCGGCGCAGCAGCGGCCGACGAUGUUGCAAGACCGUGGACAUCGUGCGCCACUCAUUUUACACCAGCGCCCGUGGCCUCCUCGCAGUUUGGCGGACCUUCGUUCUGGCCGGACAUGAGGCGACCCUCACACCGCCAACAACAACAACAAUCGUCGUUAAAGUUGGUUGAAGAAAACGAGCGGCCAGCGUUCCGUCACGAUGGACAACAACCGAAAAUUGCCACCGACGAUCAACCAGGUGGCAGCCAACAGCUGACGGCCAGAGGAGGGAGCGGUUUUAAACGCAUCUACGCCACCAACAGAGCGGCUCUCCCAGAACCGAACGUAUCAGGUGAAAUCACGCGAGGCGGAUCGGCCACCGGCAGCAGUCACGACCAACGCAUCGAGCAGCGACAACAAGAUCCAACCGCAGGCGGUAACGCAGGUGGUCGCGGACACGCCGUUGACGACGGCCGAGAUGACGAAGAGGCCAGCCUUACCGCCGAUGGUGAAAACAGUGGCCAUGCAUCGAUGCCUCUCAACGCGACAGACUUAUCCGAUAAUCUUGGUCCGGAAUGGGUUGAUGGAGCGGAAGUGGACGACUCGUUUCAACCGGUUCCGCCAGAUAAAAUCGAUGAAGAAUUCGGUUGGCCAACAUCCGCCGCAUUGGUAGAUGAGUCAGCCGAUCAAAUGGCCAUCAACGACGAGCAAUUAGACGACCAUCAAUCCGUGCCAGAAGAAGAGGAAUUAACGAAUGGAGCGGACGAGGCGGGCGACUUGAAACGGGCGGAGCGGGUCCGCCACUACGAUCGGGACGAGAUCCGUCAGUACAUGCAGAGGCAAAGGAAAGAGCGCAAGGAGAAGAUGGGCCGCAAAGCAUCGGGUCCCGUCUGUCACCACAGCCGCAUCAGCCCGAUGAAACGGUCGGACAUGGGUCUGCCGGACAAACCCGUCGUCAUGCAGACAAAACGAAAAGAGGUGAAACGAGCCGAACCGACGGCGAGGAAACAGGUCCCUGCCGAGAAAACGAAAUCCGUCUGCAAGACUAGCCUGCGGCCAAGAGAAGAGGAAAAGAAGAAACCGGACUCGGCCAGCCGCAGCAGCAGCAGCAGCAGCAGGGGCGACAAAGGCAUCCAGACGGAACCGAUGGCCGCGCGGCAAACGAUCGAUGAGGCAACUCAAAUAUCGGCCCGCAGCCAAUUCGAUGACUCGAGCGCCGAUUGGCUUGACGCUGUUGCCAAGGCGACGGGCGGCGGCCCUGUCCCGGGUGACGGCCGGAUGGCGCAACGAGCUACACCGUCGCAAUCUACCAACGAGAGACUCGCCAGCGCAUCCAGCGGUCCGCAAUCGUCUGCCAGAUCGCCAUACCUUGCACGCGAGUGUCCGGCCGUGACGGCCGUCGAGACCAAACCAAAGCCCGUGACCAAUUUGAUCCAGAAGAUCGAAGAUUUGGAAUUGUACAUCGGCAAUCUGUUGGAGGCUCCCACAUUCCAGGCAGUUCAAACGGCGUCCGUUCAUUUGCUUUCGACCCCGGCAGUGGAACGGCCCAGGGACGUUGGUCCGUUUGCCUCUCAUCGUCCAUCGCAACCCGUGCAAUUAGCUACAAAGUUAACCCGGCCUCCGGUAGCUGCUACACCGGUGACGUCACAUCCGUUGCGUCGAACGGAGACGGACGGAACGACCCGACUGGCCCAGCCAACGCCGCCGACGCGCAUCUCUUCUUUAAAAUUAGAACAAUUCCAGCUGGACACGACGGUUUCGACUGAGUACCACCCGCUUCCUGAUCACUUGGCCGCAUUCCUGCGUCUGGACGGCAGGCCCGGUCGAUCGCGCGAUGGAUCAGCGACGGUCAGGCCCGGUCAGACGGAAGUUGCGUCACAAUCGAAAGGCGAGCCGAAACAUCGCGAUAAACGUUCCAGAUACGUGACGACGCACGAGGCGACCGAGCUGAGCUCUCUUUUCCAGCAACAACUUUCUCGGCAUCCGGAAGCGGCCGGCCAAACGAGAGGCGUUGCAGAGCGGCGGACGGCAGGCGGUCGACAAGAUGAAGAACAACAACAACAGCAACCGCAGACCUACUUUCGAGACUUUAAUGAAAUCCUGCAGAUGGAUCCGAACCCGUUGACGGAGCGCUCCAACAGCUGGAAGCGAAUGGCCUCACGAUCGCUCAUGCCCGACGGAGCCGAUGCUUUCCCCGUUCCGGCCGCGCCCUACACCAUUCUGUCAGCCCUCAGCGACGAGCUCAAAGCGACCAUGAACCGAAUUCCGCGCCGAGCAGCCGACAAUAACUCGUCCGACUCGGACUUUCAGUCACGACUCUCCGUCUCUGACAUUUCUGUGCCGGAUGCGGUCACUCAAACCGCAAACGGCCAGCUCGUCCCGCCCGCCCCGCCAGUCCCGCCCGAUCGAGCCUCGUCAUCGUCGUCGUCAAUCUACUCCUCGUCCAAAAAUGAAAUUCAAAUGCCAAAAAACGGGUCAGCUUCUCGAACCGGCAGCCGUGAUGCUGGUUCGAGAGGAGCGACCACCCAUCCAACUGAACGUCAUUCCGGCCACCAACAACAACAUCCGCAAUCGAGGGACGUGACGGACGCGAGCCUCAUUCCAUUGGAAUUGGACACCACCUACCUGACGCUGACCCCGCAAUACACGUCGUUUGAGGCCACCUGUUCGCUGGCCGUGCCGCUGGAUUCGACCUGCAUCACGGAAAGCGGAUUGGCUGCGCAUCAGGCGGCCGAUGAAGCCAAUGAUCGAUCCAUGUUUUCGACGAAACUGAGUCCCAUUCCGCGGGCCGUUUCUCCGCUGACGCUCAUUUCGGACAGCGAAACGAGCGUCAUCCGCACGGAGCCGAAGAAACAAUCGACUUCGUCUUCCGAUCGAUCCGAACGCGAUCGUUCCGUCGGAUCGGAUAACGUCGUCGAUGACAACACGGCGAGCACCUUGCCGCCGCCCGCAACGUCGGUGCAAGUGCGGAUGAAAAAAUCGGACGACCUACUGUCCCGACUCCGCGCCGAGAUCCAGCGCGAUGAGAGUCUCUAUCGCUCGAUCCAGCAGGUGGAUCGUUUGGAGGACACGGCCGCCAAGGAAUCGUCGAAACGCUUUCGCAUUCAAAUCGAUUCGAAAACGCGCUCAUUUCUCGAAGCCCAGACGGACGCGUUGCGAUCCAUCGCGCAGGAAGUCAAAGGCGGCCAUUCAACUGCUUUCCUCCAAGGAAGUCAGGCCGCCAUGGAAGUGGACCGCGUCCAGGGUCGGAAAACUCUGGAUUCCGGCCGGCAGACGUACACCUCGGAUUUCGACGAGCCUUCCGUCCCGACUGAAAUUCCCAGCCAAUCGCAGACGCAGGCGAAAUCGGCUGGCCAACAUUCGCCCAAACGUUCCUUGGACUGCGGUUGGGAUUCGGAGCGCGGCGGGCAGGAUUCAUCGGCCCUGUCGGACGCUUCGGUCCUUCCGCCCAAAGCUGUGGAUAUUUUAAUGCAAGAGGAGGCGAAACAGCAGAGAUUGCUGCUGAAAUUGCGAGAGAAAGCGCAAGUGGAAAAGACGCUGGCCGAGUUGGAGCUGUUGCAAAUGCAAAAGCGGAUCCUGCGCGCCCAGGGAGAGCGGGACAAAGCUGCCAGCAUCAAGAAAAAACAGCGCGGAUUGUUGUUGAAAUUGCAAGAGGAGAGGUCGCGCAUCGAAGCCCUUCGACGUCAGCACAAGAAGGAAGAACAGAGGAGCAAAGGAUCGUGCGAUUAUCAGCACUACGACAGCAGUUCGUGGGAGACGGACGUGAGCGCCAUGUCUAAUUCGACUGUCGGUGACACUUCGGCUUCCGUCGUUCGUGAAGCGUCCAGCAUGGCUCCACCGGCUGAUUCGUCAUCCACCUCCACUUUGCACCAGGUGCUCAGCGAAGCCGUUCAGGUUCAGCAACUUUCUAGCAAUGACGAAGCGGCCGACGAUGAUGCCGAGGUUAGCCACCAACUUAGCCGAUCUGAAUUGGAAGGUCACGACGCUGCGUCGGCCUUGUCCAGCCUGCGCUUGCGAGCGCCUUUAUCGCCCAGAACGACGACGGAAAACAUCCGUUUUCGGUCCAAAUUUCGUCGUCGUCAUUCAAGCGGCUCGGACGAUUCCAUCAAUCUAUCCCAGAAUGAAACUGCGUCCGAUGUGAGCGAUGUCGAGAGUCGCCUAUUGGCCUUGACGGAUCAACUCCAGCGGCGCCAGGCGGAAGCCCAGCGUUUGAAAAUCGAACAUCGGCGACUGAGCAAAGAGAAACUGAAGGCCCAGGAAAGCGCCUUGAUCAAACAGAUUGAGGUUUACGACCGUUGUAUCACCGACCUUCGCACACAGUUGGACACGGAUGCCGAAACGGGUGCAACCGCGAACGCCGUCGUGGCCGUCCGACCUGUCAUCCGUCAGCCGCGAGCCCUCAUACGAGCCGAUGAGGCCAAAUCUCCCACGUCGGCCCGAUCGGAAUCCGAAUCGGCCAAGUCGUUGGAAGCGGACGGACAAAUUGCGGCGCUGGUGGAACAGAAAGAAGAACAUUCCUCGGCGACGUCUUCCAUCAGCACGCAAGUUCACACUGAAGCGGAUGAAUCGAUUGGACAGCUGAGCGAUCAUGAGUCCAUCAAAGAACCGGAAUUGGUCGAUGAUAAAGACGUGGCCGUUUUGCCCGUUAUCGAGUCAGCCGCAUCUGAAAAAUCCGUUUCGGAAAUGUCGAACGAUCCAUCGGCUACGCUGGAAAAUCAGGCCGAGACGUCCGACUACGCACGUGCGGAUGUUUUCAAUCAAACGAUGAUCAUCAAGAGCGACGUACAAGUGAAGGAAGAAUUGGCCGAAGACAUUUCGAAAUUCAUUUUAGAUCAGCUGACUGAAGACACUAUCGCCGUCACUCACUGUUGUGUCUUGAAAAAGAAGAAGAAGCAAGCGGAUGUUCCGGCGUCUAGCAAAUCUUCGGCGGAUGUGUUGCAAAGAGUCAGUGCCCUACUGUCCACCGGUACGGAUGCACCGAAAGGAAACCGUUCGCAGCUCUACCUGACGACGACGUUCGACAUUUUCAGUCCGGACGACAUUCACUCGCCUGUGGCUCAUCCGGCCGGAAGCCCAUCUGGUGGCCCGCCUUGCGAUGUUUCCAGCGCUGAAGGGCGUGACGCUCUUGAAUCAAAGUUAAAUGAAUUGCGCAUCGAGAACGAAUGGAUCGACGAUGACUUGCAACCCGUUGCGUCCGAUUCCGUUCCGGACGAGAAUCGGGACAAAGUGAUUCAAGAGGCCGAGGCGUUGGAACGUGAACAGAAACGGAUCGAGCAGGAAAUUCAGCGAUUGAGCGCCGGAUCUGUUCUCUACCUGCGGGAGAUACCCAACAAACCGCCGCCCCCUUACACCCCGCCGGGCCAGGCGCUCAGUUGGCAGAAGAUACGCUCUCCAGCCGUGGCUGAAAAUAAGCAGAUCAUUCCGAAAUCCAAGGAAGACGUAGCCCGAUAUUGCCGACGUUUCACCGAAUACCUGCUCGAUCACGAUACAGAGCCAGAUGUGAACAUCCCCGAUGAAUUGCUCACGUCCGAUCAUCCGUUGCAAGCCGAUCAGCCCGCCGAAUGCCAAGUGAAUUGCCGGGCAUUUUUGUCCCUCCUGGCCGACUUGUCACGUCUCCACUUGACCGAGUUGAGAAAACGAGCCACGUUUAUGUUGAAUGAGAAAUUUAUGGGCGGCAGACCGAUCCGGUCGCGCACCGAGCUCGUAGAGGCCGUCGAAAGCGCCGUCCUGGUUCAAAUGAACUACCAGCCGCGUUUGCUGCGCGAAAAUCAACUGGCUCGAUGGUCGCAAAAGAAGCGCGAUCGAGUGGACGAGAUUCUCGUACGCGAACUGCAAGUGGAAGAAAAAUUGUGGACGGAUUUCUCGAGCGAAGAAGUACAAGUCAAACACCAAACAGCCGAUGCCAUACUCGACAUGCUGUUGGACGAAACAGCUUACAUUUGCAAUCAGAUUAUGCAAACCGCCAAAUAGCCGAUCGUUGUUUUUAUAUUUACUCGCUAAUUUCUUUAAAAAAUUCUUGUUUUUUUCGUGUU